UGCAGGAAUAUCAGGGGUAAUAAACCGGAGGGUGGACGUGCCCCCUCUCUUCUCUCCUCUCGCCUCCUCCGCAGUGCACUUGCAGCUGAGCAGCACUCCGGACAGGACGGUCUCCUCCUCCUCCUCCUCUUCUUCUUCUCCUUCUCCUGUGUGUGGUGGUGGUGGUGCUGAGGGGUGCACCAGAGUCGCAUCUGACUCCAGUCCAGAGGUCCCGGGCAGACGCGUGAUGGUGCGGACUCAUUGAUAAAAGCCGCCGCCGCUGGAAUUAAAAUGAGCACUCCCGCUGAGCGGCUCUCCUCCUCCUCCACAUAGCGCUGCCUCCUCUGCACAAGAUCUGUUGUUGUGUGACUCCAGCAGGCGACGCAGGAUGACUACUACCUUAUCGCUGGUGAUUUUGUGCGCUUUGGUGGCGUUAGCGUUGGCGUCGAAAACAGAGCGGGCAGUGCAGCUCCCCUGUGAAUCCGGCCAGUACACUACCAGUGGAGAAUGCUGCCUGGUGUGUCCACCUGGAGAGGGAGUGGUGAAGAAAUGCGGCGCCACGCAGACUGUCUGCGCACAGUGUUUGGACAGUGAGACCUUCUCAGAGAACUACAGUCUCACAGAGCAGUGCAAGCCCUGCACUGAGUGUAUCGGCCUGAUGCGGAUGGAGACGCCCUGCACCGACUCCAACGACGCCAUCUGCGUCUGCAACUACAACUUCUUCUUCGACACGAUAUCCGGCCAGUGCGAGCCGUGUACGGUGUGCCCGGUGGGUCAAGGCGUGUUUGCACACUGUGAACACAAUCACGACACAGUGUGUGAGGAGUGCGUGGACGAUACUUUCUCUGACCGGGAAAGCUCCCUCGACCCCUGCCUGCCCUGCACCAUCUGUGAUGAGGAGAGUGAGAUACAGCUGGCUACGUGCACACCGAACAGAGACUCUGUCUGUCAUAAUCCUCUCCUCCCAACGUAUUACUCUCCCACCUCUGAUCCGUCUCCACCCACCUUCACCAAUGACUUCCUCCCUGAUGGCUCCGUCAGCCCGAUGCCAGGAGAGACGACCACAUCCAGCGCCGGCUCCCCUCGCUUUCUCGGCCACGGCUUCAACGAAAACCUCAUACCCAUCUACUGCUCCAUCCUGGCCGCCGUGGUGGUGGGCCUCGUGGCCUACAUCGUUUUUAAGAGGUGGAAUAGCUGCAAGCAGAACAAGCAGGCAGCUAAUAACCGCGCGGCUACGAACAACCAGAUGGUGACGCCGGAAGGAGAGAAGCUGCACAGCGACAGCGGCAUCUCGGUGGACAGUCAGAGUCUGCAGGAGCAGCAGCAGCAACAGCAGCAGCAGCAGCAGCAGGCCCAGGCUGAAGUCCAGGCUCAGCCCUCACACUCACGCACACAGGAGCAGAUAGUGGUGAGGGUGGAUGGCGGCCCCCAGCCUGACACGCCUCCCCCUAAAGUCUGAGGAAGAGACGGAGGAAGAAGAGGAGGCGUCAAAGCUGAAGACAGGGAAAAGAGAGUGGGGACUUGAACCGUGGACCAAAUAGAAAGCAGGGGGGAAGGGGGGGGCCACAUGGGAAUGUAAAAUUGACUCUGAUUCAUAUCUGAAGUGGCCACAGAGCAAAGACUUGACUUGUAUGGACCUCCCAGCACCUUUGGGCCACAGUCUGACUCUUCAUCCCUGCAUAUAGAGUCCAACUCUAUCAAUCAGUGUGCCUGGACCUCUACGGCAAUAUCAACUACUGUGUGUACUAAUGCCACUGCAGAUACAUAAUCAUUGUAUAUGCCGGUGCAUUUCGUAUUAACUGACUAUUCCAGUAUCUAAUAUUGACAUAAUUCUCACUAACUGCCAACUUAGUUUCCUCAGCCCCUUGUUAAGCUUUAGAUUUCCUCUAAUUCCACAAUCACUCGCCAUGAAACAUAUGUGCCUGAAAGGUAAAUAGGCAGAAAGGUUUUCCAUUAUCUCCUCUUACUCUUCCGUUUGCAUCAAAGAAACCUUCUUCCUCAGAGACCGCCCCCCCCCCCCCCCCCCC